GCGAAAACCUAGCCGCCCAUCUCCACCACUCUGCUACCCUGAACUCCCCCCGUCGCGCCAACAGGCAAAUCCGCCGGAACCGUCCACCGCCGCCGCCGCCGCCGUGCUCGAGGAAGCCAGCGUGAAGGAGGAUGAGGAAGCUCAAGUUCCACGAGAAGAAGCUGCUCAAGAAGACCAACUUCCUCGAGUACAAGCGGGAGGGCGGCCACCGGGAGGCCGCCGUCACGCAGCGCUACAGCCUCGUCGACAGGGACGACUACAAGAAGUACAAUGGGAUUUGCUUGAUGGCGCAGAAGCUCGUGAACAUUAUAAAGCAAAUGGAUCCGAGGGACCCUUUCAGAAUCGAGAUGACAGACAUGCUGAUUGAUAAGCUGUAUAAUAUGGGUGUCAUUCCAACCAAAAAGAGCUUGGUCAAAUGCGAGAAUCUUUCAGUGAGCUCCUUUUGCAGGAGGAGACUUGCAACAGUUAUGGUGAAGCUCAAGUUUGCGGAACACCUUAAAGAGGCUGUGACCUACAUUGAACAAGGGCAUGUGCGUGUAGGCCCUGAGACGGUCACGGAUCCAGCCUUUCUUGUAACCAGGAACAUGGAGGACUUCAUCACCUGGGUAGAUUCCUCAAAGAUCAAGAAAAAGGUCAUGGCAUAUAAUGGUCAAUUGGAUGAUUAUGAUGCCAUGUUUUGAGAAUGUCGUUGAGUAGAAAUUUUGGUACUGAAUCUAAGAUUAGUGCAUAUUGCAAACCUACUUGCGUGCCCAUCAAGGCCUGUCAGUGUUCUGUAAUGAAGCUCGACAGCAUAACUCAUGAAUGUCUAAUGAACUCAUACUUGCCACCUCUCGUUUUGCAUUGUAUAUGCUGAUGUACAAUAUUACACUGAAAUCUUGAUGUUUGGUGUAAUAUCUGUAAUCUGUUAAAUGUUUAUUGCGGUGCUUUGUGGUAUAUCAAUGACAGCAAGUUCACACA